UACCAUAGGCUGACGUCCCCAUUCUCUGUCUUUUUGCUUAAUUUAGAUGUGAUGAGUAAUACUAUGGAGAACGUGCUUAGUCUAAUCUAUUUUGCUAGAUAAAUUUACAAAUCUUCCCGAGAAAGUUGACAAUUGAUAUGAUAGAAAGUUAAAUUACCGGUACCUGAUUAGUUACAAUAAUAGCCCAUCACAUAUAUGCGUUCUCUUAUUAGUAUCGACGUGACACCUUGUAAGUUUUUUUAUCGAAGAUAUAUGUGAUGACCGUCGUAGUAAAAAUAGUCUUUGUAGAUAAAUCAAUAAACCUUCAAAACCAAGAUAUUUUGAAUUCUUUGUAAAAUUUUUUAAAUAAAAUGUGCCUUUGUUUCGCUAAACAACAUCAAUGAAUGAGUAAAUUCUAAAAGGCUUUCAAGUUUACAUUUACUAACUAAAUCCAGUAUUUGGAUUUUUCGCAUAAAUACUAUCGCAUAACAGUUGAUAACGUGAUUAUCUUUCAGCCAAUCAGAUCACAAAUAAACUAGCUUCACCUUGUCAGGUUCUCUUUUUUUUGCUACUAGAUACCAGACUAGACUAUAGACUAGACUAGACUAGACUAAACUAAAUUAAACUACAUAGACAAGGUUCCAAGCGUGGCCGCUAGGAUCGCCCCAACGAAAAUUGCCGAAUGAGACACGAAUAUACCUUUAACAAUCACUCUGUUAAACUCUGGUUUAGAACACUCGAGCCGACGUAAAACGAAUCGAUUUUAUGACAAAUUCCAAACAUUAACUCAUUUUCUUUCAUCAUCAAUGUGAUUUCAAAAAUAUUGCGAUUCUUAGUCUUUAAAGUGUUUUUAGAAAAUAAAGGACAGGUCAUGUUUCCCGUAAAAAAGUUAAAAAAUACGAGUCAUGAAAAUGAACAAUUAGAAGACAAAGCCAAAAAUGGAUGGAAAUACAGUCACUGAUGAGCUACAGUUUAGUAUGAGCGAAUUAGAUAUUUCAGAAGAAAAUGAUAGUCCAUCAGGAGAAAGAUGGGAUCCAGUUGGUGCUAACAAUGGGGAUGAUGAUUUUGCACUUGAAUAUAAACCUAGUAUGGGAAGUAAAAUAGACAGACUUAGAGAGCUGGAAGAGGAACAAGAAAUGCUUAACUCUUCUCUUAUAGCAUUGACCACUCAUUUUGCACAAGUACAAUUUCGCUUAAAACAAAUAUGUGAUGCUCCUACUAGUAAAAAGGAAGAAUUGUUAAAAGAAUUGGAAGAAUUUGCAUUUAGAGGGAUUCCUGAUAUCCAAGGCAAUCUAGUUUUCAAUAAGAAAUCAUCUUCAUCAAAUUUAAGUCACAGAUAUGAUUUUACGAAUGCGGAAGACAGUGAAACAGAUUUAAAAACAGAAAUUCAGAAAAAUAAACAGAAAGAGUUGAUAUGCCAAUUAAAAACACAAUUAGAAGAGUUGGAGAAAUUUGCUUAUGAAACUGGUGAUGCUGACUUACCUCAGAGUGUUAUUUUGGAAAGACAAAAUUUAAUAAUAAAUCAUUUAAAAGAAAAAUUAAAUUUUAAUGUAGAAGAUUUUUGCAAACUCUCUACUGAUGAUCUUAGAUGGCAAGUUGAUUAUGCAAUUAAUCAGAUUGUAAGCCCAUUGAAAAUGAAAGAACAACUCAUAUCUCAGUUGAAAACUCAAAUCACUGAUUUAGAACGAUUUAUAAAUUACUUACAAGAAGAAGUCAGUCCUGAAACAUUAGCUUGUACGUGUGCUUGCCCAGUACAUACUAAUGGGUCUGCUCAAAGUCAUACUGGCAGAAGGUCAUUUACAAAACCAAUUGAGCAUAAAAAUCAAGCAACAAAUCUGAAUACAGUUAGAAAAGUCGUAGCAUUAUUGCACAUUUAUUUAAUGUCACAGAUGGGUUGUGGGAGUGAAAAGUCUCAAAGAAUUAGAAAAAAAGAUACAAUGCAUGGUUGGAGAGACCUUCGAACCAGACUUGAUAUUGCAGUGGAACAUGUAUUACAGACUCUUGCUGAAAGUGAAUAUUGUAGCAGUAGAGAUAGUCUGAAUGAAGAAUUAGCAUACAACUCUGAUUCAGAUUCAAACAUUAGUCAAUAUAAUGCUAAAGUAACAUUAGCUGUUAGAAAACACUUGGCUAUUUGUAUUCGAGAUUUGAUGCAGCAUGGUACCUCAACAGAUGCUAAUGUAAAUAGUGUUGUUCCUUUUGUUGGUUGCUUUACACUGAGAAGCUACAAUUCUAAUAACUUUAUGCAUGCUUGGGAAAUUAUUCUCAAAUAUUAUGAAAUAAAAAAUGGUCAUCGGUAUAAUUCUACUCCAGUUCAAAAACUUUCUCAGAGCUUUAAUCUGGACUUGAAUGGAGGGCAAACAUCAUCUUCUAAACAAAAUCUUUUGGUAACUAUAGGGAAUAUUAUCACAACGCAUUCGCGAUAUAAGAGAAGUCUUGAUGCAAAUUUUAAGGCAUUUAUAUGUGCUGCAUUAAAUGCCAAUAAAUUAGUGACAUGGCUAAAACUUAUACUUCAAUGCCAGUAUUUGUUAGAAAAUUACUACAUGCCUUGGAGUUAUGUCGUAAAAACUGGCUUUCAAGAUGCCUUCCAUACUUUAGAUAAAUUAACAAAAUAUAAAUUUGAUUUGCCAAUCGAUUUGGCAAUACAGCAAUUCCAAAAUAUUAAAGAAGCAUUUUAAACAAAGUGCAUUUUGGGGUUUUAUUUUUUAAUC